UUUUGCCACUCCCCUUAAAAUAUGUAUAGUGGCUAGAGAAGCAGUAUGAGUGCAAUCAUAAUAUGAUAGGAUAUGUCAAGACAAUUUCGGGGCAUUCUUUCAGCCAAUAAAUGCCCGAAACGUUGAUUUUAGUGUGAAACCCAAGCCUCAAACUCAAAUACAGUGUGGCGAGGAUCGAGUUGUGGGGUGGCAUCCUCUCUCCGUCCUCACUUUCCUGAAAAAUCAGCUCCUUCCUUGUAGUCGGUGGAGAUGAGAAGAAUAACGGGAAUGGCAAGGGAAGAAACUUUGAUCGAAAUGAAGAGCGCAAUGGAUUCGCAGAUUGGAGAAGAUGGCCCUGCUAUGCUGACAGCAUUCAGGAUGAUCCUAUUAACAGAGGAAUGUAAUGGCCACAGUCAUAAUAACUCUAUAGAGGAUGGAGGAACACAGCUACCUGGACACACAGAGACGGACAGACUACAGCAGAACAAAGACACCGUGUUCUUCAGGGACGGGGUUCGCAGGAUUGACUUCAUACUGUCAUACCUAGAUGACAAGGAUGGAGAGAAGAAGCAGGAGAGGAGGAGGGAGUUUGAGGCCAACCUUAAGAAGGCUGGACUGGAGCUUGAGACUGAGGACAAAUCGGACUCAGAUGAUCUGAAAACGUACUUCCUGAAGAUCCACGCCCCGUGGGAGGUGUUGGCCACCUACGCUGACGUGUUGAAGAUCAAGGUUCCCUUUAAGGAAAGCGACAUCCCCCACGGACAGGACGUUCCACUGGAGUGGCUCUCCCGACCGUUCCGCCUGCCAGAGAAGGUGAUGCGCCCACAGCCUGACUACUUCACCUCUCCAUUUGAUAAGGACAAGAUAGACUUCUUCCUCAUCAAAAACCAAGACACCUUCUUCCCCCCCUCCACACGCAACAGAAUAGUGUACUACAUCCUGUCUCGCUGUCCGUACCAUAAAGAGGACCGCAAGGAGACAGACAAGAAAGGUAUCAAGCGGUUGCUGAACAACGGGACCUACACCUCAGCCUUCCCACUUCAUGAUUGUCGAUACUGGGAGAGGAACACAAAUGAGCAGUGUGAGAGCGAACGCUACCACCUCUAUAAGAAUUGGGCUAGGUUCCUCUGUUUCUACAAGGAGCAGCCCCUCAACCUCAUCAGGAAGUAUUAUGGGGAGAAGAUUGGGAUCUACUUUGCCUGGCUGGGCUUCUACACAGAGAUGUUGUUCUUUGCUGCGGUCAUGGGGGUCAUAUGUUUUACCUAUGGUGUGCUAAGCUACGAUGAUAAUUUAACAAGUAAGGAGAUCUGUGACCCCAGCAUUGGAGGGAGGACUGUGAUGUGUCCGCUGUGUGAUAAGAAGUGUAGUUACUGGAAGCUCAACUCCACGUGCCUCUCAUCCUGGCAAUCCCAUCUGUUUGAUAACGAGGGGACAGUGUUCUUUGCCAUGUUUAUGGGGAUCUGGGUGACUCUGUUCCUGGAGUUCUGGAAGCGGCGCCAGGCCCAGUUGGAGUAUGAGUGGGACCUGGUGGAUUUCGAGGAGGAGCAGCAGCAGCUCCAGAUCCGCCCGGAGUUUGAGACCAAGUGCACUGACCAGAGACUCAACCGGAUCACCCAGGAAAUGGAGCCAUACCUACCCCUCCCCAAAAAGUGUGGUCGCUUUUGCCUCUCCGGUGUUACUGUUCUGUUCUGGAUGCUUCUGAUUGUGGCCUGUAUCACUGGGGUGAUAGUCUACAGGCUGGCUGUGUAUGCAGCUUUCGCCAGCAUCAUGAAGGACAGCCCCACUAAGAAGAUCCAUCUGGUGGGCUCUCUCAUCACCCCGCAGCUCGCUACCUCUGUCACCGCCUCCUUUAUCAACUUUGUCAUCAUUAUGAUCCUUAACUUCUUCUAUGAGCGAGUGGCCAUCUGGAUCACUGAUAUGGAAAUUCCCAAGACACAUCUGGAGUAUGAAAACAAGUUGACAAUGAAGAUGUUCCUCUUCCAGUUUGUCAAUUACUAUUCUUCAUGUUUCUACGUGGCCUUCUUCAAGGGGAAGUUUGUGGGUUACCCAGGCAACUACACGUACAUGUUUGGCAAAUACAGCAGGCUGAGGAAUGAGGAGUGUGACCCAGGAGGCUGUUUGAUUGAGCUGACCACCCAGCUGGUGAUUGUCAUGACAGGGAAGCAGGUGUGUGGGAACAUCCAGGAGGCCCUACUGCCGCUGCUGAGGAACUGGUGGUGCAGCAGGAAGGCCCGGAAAGACCAAUACAGCCGCUGGGAGCAGGACCACGACCUGCAGAACUUCAGCCAGCUGGGCCUGUUCUAUGAGUACCUGGAGAUGGUAAUCCAGUUUGGCUUCAUCACUCUGUUUGUGGCCUCUUUCCCCCUGGCCCCCCUGCUGGCCCUCUGUAACAACAUCCUGGAGGUCAGAGUGGACGCCUGGAAGUUCACCACCCAGUUCCGCCGGCCUGUGGCGGCCAAGGCCCACAACAUCGGAGCAUGGCAGGAGAUCCUCAAUGUGGUGGCCAUCUUGUCCGUUGUCACCAAUGCAUUCAUCAUGGCCUUUACUUCAGACAUGAUCCCCCGCCUGGUCUACCUGUAUGCCUACCACCCUGGCUCUGAAGCCACCAUGAGUGGCUACAUCAACAACAGCCUGUCAGUGUAUGACAUCUCCCAGAUCCCUCUCCUCAGUACGCCCGAGGAGGGGGCGAUUCCUGCCUGGUUUAACAGCUCCUUCAUCACCACCUGCAGGUACCGUGACUACCGCUACCCUCCAGGCCACCAGAGGCAGUACUCCCACACUAUGCAGUUCUGGCACAUCCUGGCAGCCAAACUGGCCUUCAUCAUUAUCAUGGAGCACGUGGUGUUUGUGGUGAAGUUCUUUGUGGCCUGGCUGAUCCCGGAUGUGCCAUCCGAGGUGAAGGCUCGGAUCAAACGGGAACGUUACCUCAUCCAGGAAUACCUGCACAACUACGAGGUUGAGAAGCUCAAGAUCCAGCUGAGUCAGAGUUUUAUCAUUGAACCCAAACCUGAGGUCUGCACUGCCACCGACAAGCAUGACGUGUUAUCAGAGUGCCUGUAGGCCCCAAAUCAAUAAACUCACACCCACCUGGUUAACCUAACUGGGAGGGUGUUGCUGUGAAGUCUCCUCCACUGAUGGCAAACAUACGUACAGUAAAGGGCUUCUGGCAAUGGGGCAAUCCUAUCAACUGUUUCUCUUUGUUUUGUUGUUUGUUUAUUUUCUAAUGAGCAGCUAGCAGAUUUCAACCUUUUCGCCUAUAUUAGGACUUUCAUUGGAGGCAGGGAUGGAAUAAUUUGAUCGAUGACCCCAUCUCGUCACCUUUUCUCAGCGUCCAAUGCUGUUGCAAUGCAAGCUCCUAUUCUUCAGCUUGCUUCAUAUCUUCUGUACAAUGAUGUUUCUUGCAACUGAUUCAAUCAUUCAGUGCCAGUGUUGAUUGUGAUGGGAUAUUAUGGAAUCCUACAAAAGUAUGUGCCAACUUGUUAAAUGCUAUUGGGAUUCAUGAUAUUGUACCAGACAAUAUACAGCUUCUUGAAUAAAAUGUAAUAUAAUGCUCACCUUAUCCACAAUGUCAUAAUAUGUUACUAACAUAUCCAACAAAGACUGCCAAAGAUAUCCCAUGGCUUUUAUCGGCAGCUAUCUAAUGAAUUACCUUUAAAGUCAUAUGCGUGUUUGAUAGAAUGUAACAUAUAAAAUCUAAUUUAUUUGCCUUCAAGUGUUGGCAUGUUAUCUGCUUCAAUUUGGCUGUAACUGGGCUACAUUAAAUGUGAUGUGUUUUCCUUUCAUUAAUGUCAUGUAUUUGAAAUAUUUCCAUGGGAGUCAAUGUAAAAACUGUCAAUUAAAGGCCCAAUGCAACCGUC